AUGGCUGCCAGCAGCUGCCUCCCCCUGCUCCUCCUGCCCUGGCUGGUGAUGGCCUCGCACAGCCCCCCCGGCUGCAAGAUCCGGAUCACCUCCAAGGGGCUGGACUUGGUGGAGCAGGAGGGGCUGCGCUUCGUGGAGCAGGAGCUACAGAACAUCACAGUGUCAGACCUGCACGGGAAGGAGGGGCAAUUCCACUACAACAUCAGCCAGGUAAAGGUGACAGACCUGCAGCUGGCGUUUUCCAACCUGCGCUUCCAGCCUCAGCAGCACCUCGUCUUCAACAUCAGCAAUGCUUCCAUCAGCCUGCGGUUCCGGAGGCAGCUGCUCUACUGGUUCUUCUACGACAUUGGGUCCAUCAAUGCUUCUGCAGAUGGUGUCCACAUCCACACAGUGCUGCAGCUGGCCAAGGAUGAGGCCGGGCGCCUGAAGAUCUCUAAUGUCACCUGUGAUGCCUCCAUUGCCAGAAUGCAUGCAGGCUUCUCCGGCACACUGGGAAAGGUCUAUGAGUUCCUGGGCACCUUCAUUGUCACAGCAAUGCGCUUCCUCCUCAGCCAGCAGAUCUGCCCGUCGCUGGAGCAUGCCAGCCUGGUGCUGCUGAACUCUCUGCUGGACACAGUGCCAGUGCGGAACAAUGUGGAUGAGCACAUCGGGAUUGACUAUUCCCUCCUGCGGGAUCCGGUUGUUUCCACGGACACCCUUGACCUAGACUUUAAGGGCAUGUUCUUCCCUCGGGAAAGAGAGAACCAGGAGCUGGAGAACCAUGCAGUGGAGCCGGUGAUCAAGGAGACAGAACGGAUGGUCUAUGUUGCCUUCUCUGAGUACUUCUUUGACUCGGCCAUGCACGCAUACUUCCAGGCAGGCGUGCUGGCCAUAGAGCUCCAGGGGGAGAAGGUGCCCAAGGAUCUGGAGGUUUUGCUGAGAGCCACCUUCUUCGGGACCAUCUUCAUGCUGAGCCCAGCCGUGGACGCUCCCCUGCGCCUGGUGCUGCAGGUGUCGGCUCCUCCCCGCUGCACCAUCAAACCCUCGGGAACCUCGGUCUCAGUCUCUGCCUUCCUCAACAUCUCGCUGGUGCCCCCAGGCCGCCCCGCCGUCCAGCUCUCCAGCAUGGCCAUGGAGACUAAGCUGAGUGCCAAGGUGUUUCUGCGCGGGAAGGCGCUGCGCAUGCAGCUGGACCUGCGACGGUUUCGUAUUUACUCCAAGCAGUCUGCACUGGAGUCGCUGGCGCUGUUCUCCCUACAGUCCCCGCUGAAGACCCUCCUGCAGCUCACCAUCAUGCCCAUCAUUAAUGAGAGGACUAAGAAGGGGGUGCAGAUUCCGCUGCCAGAAGGCAUGGACUUCACCAAGGAGGUGGUCACCAACCACGCGGGAUUCCUCACGGUGGGAGCUGAUCUUCACUUCUCCAGAGGGCUGCGGGAGGUGAUUGAGAAGUACCGCCCAGGCCCCACCACCCCUGCUUACCCCAGCACGGAGCCCCCUGAGCUCUAG